CCCUAGGGUUUCCUCUAAUCUAAUCCUAGAUCAAUCCCCCUACCAUCCUGCUCAUCCGCAACAACAAAAUUUUCAUUAUAACGACCGUUAUCAUAACCCCCAUCCUCCUAAUUCUCCUAGGUUUAUUGUCGAUGAUUUUAUGAGAGAGAAUCGUCUGAGAGGCGUGGAAUUCGAUUAUGAUGAUGACGAAAGAUACCGUCUUGAGAGGCGUAGAAUGGAAGAGCAUAUUGAUGUCAGGGAAUUUAGAUCGAGUGCUGAGAAUUAUGAGUUGCAUCAUGAUGAUAGGUAUGAAGGUAAGAGAUGGGAAUAUGGUCAUAAUGUUGAUGAUGGGAUUUUGGUUGGUUCUUCUUCAAGGCGAGUGUCAUUAGAUAAUAGUGGUUAUGAUUAUGGUGGUGGUGAUGUUAGGUUUAGCAAUAGGUUAAGAGUAGACAAGGAGGAAAUUUAUAGGUCUCCUCCACAGAAGAAGAGUGCAUUGCUCAGGAUUCAAUGUGGGAAUGCUAAUAACAACAGGAGUAGUAGAAAUCAGGACAAUGACUCGAGUAGUAUUGGUGGAUGUAGGGUAAGGGGAAAGCAGAAAGAUGUGUUUGAGAGGUUGGAGAGAAGGGUUGAGGGAAGAGAUGGAAGCGAAGGAAGUUCGAUGGAGCUUGAUGUUUCAUUUAAAUCUAAUGCACUUGUGGCGAAGGCUAUUAUGGCCCCGGUGUCAAGCCCAACCAAUGACUCAGACAGAAGCGAAACACCUAGAUGUAAGAAGAUUAGAAAAGUGAAUCUCUCUGAUUCUCCAAUGAAGAAAGUCGGGUAUGAUUUGGGUAAAGGUGAUGGUUCAGCAAUUGAUUCUGGUCGUUGUUCGAGUUCUAAUAAGGAGUCUAAAUGUUUGGCAGAUAAAGUUACGGUUUCUGCGGGUAGGACAUCUAAUAGCACUUUGGAUUCUAACAUGGAGUCGAAACAUUUGGCAGAUAAAAUUAAAGAUUCUAGUGGUGGACGUGCAUCUGAUGGUACUUUGAAUUCCAACAAGGAAUCUAAAUGUUUGCUGGAUAAAGUUACAGUUCCUGUUGUGAGAAGUGCAUUGCUGAGUUCCAAUGGGACAAAUGAUUUAAUUGUAACUCAAGAAAGCAAGGGAUCUCCAGAGAUCAUGAUUUUGGAUCAGGGUGGUAAUCAUGUUGGAAAGGGUGGAGCACCUCAACGCAAGAUUAGAAAGAAGAAGAAAGUCACGAAAAAGAAAGUCACGGCCCCUAAAAUAGUUGGUGUUAACCCUUGUAAUGCCACUGAUUCACUGAACAAAGCAUCUUUUGUCCGUCAGCAGCUUAAAAGUGUCGUAGAAUUGGUAGAGAGAACUAGAUCUGAUGAUAUGACUAGGCUCGAGGAUGUCAAUAUGAAGAAGGUCAAGAAGAAGAAAGUCAUGACCCCUAAAAAUUCUGGUGUUGACCUUGGUAAUGCCACCGAUUCACUGAACAAAGCAUCUUUCGUCCGUCAGCAGCUUAAAAGUGUUGUAGAAUUGGUAGAGAAAACUAGAUCUGAUGAUAUGACUA